GCCAGGAUUGCACAGAGGAUGGAGAAGCUGGAGGCCCUUGAAGAACAGAAACACCUCCUGCAGCAGGCAGAGCGAGACGAGUGGCCAUGCAUAUCUGGGGAGGUGUGUCGGACUACAUUGUGGAGCAGCUGGUGCUGAACAAGGACGUGAGAAUUAUUCGACUUGGGACCUUCGGUGUUCGUAGAGAACAAGUCCCCGAUGGCAAGAAGGGUCUUCUGACCAUUCGCAGACCCACGUUUUGCCUUGCAAGGAGUCUUGCGGAGUGCCAUGGCCUCACCCAUGAUAAGGCCUAUGUUCCUGGCCAUAAGCAAGCUGAGCCCCUGAAGUGUGCUCGCAUAAGUUUGGAGAUCUCCUUUUCUCGGCAAAUAGUGGAGGCUUGCCUAGAUGAGACCAUGUACCUUCUCUCUUGCUGCCUUGCGAGUGGGAAGAACGUUGCCCUUGUUCUGAACAGCAUUGGCAUGCUGCUCAUUGAAGGCACCGUGGUGAAGAUGAGAUUUUCCAGAAGCCUUCUGCAAAGACUGAAUGAGUCUGAGCAGCUGGUAGAGGCUCUUCUUGGGAUGCCAGAGAUGAGGGACGCAGUCAUCUCCGACACCGAAACAGCUGCUUCCCUGACCCGUUCUGGCUCUGUCAUUGUCUUUCCAACGCACGAGCUGGAGGCUUCCCCCAGGGAAUCACCUUUUGAAGCUGUGAAGCCCUUUUGGGAGGAGGAGAGGGCAGAAGAUGAGUCCAUCGCUGAGAAAAGUAAUGGAGCAGCUUGA